AACGGAUGAGGAUUUCCCUGCACGCUUUUGCCAGCAACCAAAGCAGCGAUGGCAAUGUCAGUUUGUGCAGCCGCCUCCUCUCCUUCCGCCGUUGGGGCUCAGUUCCAAAAUUUCCGUUUUUCGUCCUCUCUUACCCCAUUUCUUUACCCGCGUCCCCAAACCUAUCAAACUUCACAGCUCAAAUUGACGCAGUGCGCCAAGAAAGAGAUGAAAGCCACCGACCCCAAGCUUGGAGUUGCACUUUACAAGCCGAUGUCUUACGAUGUCUUGGUAUCUGACGCCGCCAAUUCCCUCUCUUACGCUCUAAGCGAUGGGAAGACUCGCUUAGAAAUAGAAUUCCCUCCCUUGCCCAGCAAUAUUUCAUCAUAUAAGGGAUCAUCAGAUGAGUUUAGCGAUGCCAAUAUUCAACUUGCUUUGACUCUUGUCAAGAAGCUUCAAGAGAAGAAGGAAAUAAGGACUUGCAUUGUUUUUGCUGAUAAGCCAGAGAAGCGUAGGGCAUUAACUCUUUUCAGAACAGCUUUUGACUCGAUUGAUUGUUUAACAAUUGGGACCUUGGAUGAUGUACCUGUUGGUCCUGUGAAAGCAUUUUUCAGAUCAGUGAGUCGAACUUUGGAUUUUGAUUUUGAGGAUGAAAAUGAAGAUCAUUGGCACUCUGAAAAGCCACCAUCACUGUAUAUAUUUAUCAACUGCAGCACGGGUGAUCUCUCUUCCAUAGAGAAGUAUGUGGAAAAGUUUGCAACCUCCACCCCUACUCUGCUGUUUAAUCUAGAACUUGACACUUUGCGUGCUGACCUAGGUCUUUUGGGAUUUCCACCCAAACAGUUGCAUUAUCGAUUCCUUUCUCAAUUUACCCCGGUAUUUUACAUUCGAACUCGCGAGUAUUCAAAGACUGUCGCGGUGGCGCCGUAUAUUGUAAACUAUAGUGGAGCUCUACUUCGUCUAUACCCUGGCCCGUGGCAGGUGAUGUUGAAACAAUCAGAUGGUUCUUUUGCCUGUGUAGCGGAGAGUGAAUCUCGAUUCACACUGGGAGAAACAAAAGAAGAGCUAUUGCGGGUUAUCGGCCUUGAGGAGGAGAUUGGAAGCUCACUUGGCUUUCUUCGAAGAGGAUAUAAGACUGCGACAUGGUGGGAAGAAGAUGUUGAUUUGGAGAGAUCUUCGGCUUGGCGUAGUUGAAGUCGAACAACAGGUGCCUGCACAACGGUUAUAAGAGAAGUCCCUCUCAGGUGCAGUCGAACAACAGGUGCCUGCACAACGGUUAUAAGAGAAGUGACUCUCAGGUGCAAAUGUUUGUCUUGGCUUAGUAGCAUUUUCCUUGGUGGAUUCACUCUUAUGACACUAAGAUCAAUCAGAUGACAACAUGUUCGCAAAUUUAAAAACUAGAGAUUCAUAUUUUGUAUUCGAAGAUAGCAUAGGUAGAUGCACAAGUCGAUCACUUCAUGUUUAUUACGGAGCAUUAACAUGUCUGUUAUCAAUUGUACGAGUAUGUUUUUCUUACAUCAAGUUCGAAAGAAAUGGAUAUAGUUGUGUCAUUCCCAUAUGAUUUUUGAAC